AUGCAAAAAAAAAUAGGAAGAUUAGGUCAAUGGACCAAGGAAAUGCUUGGAAAAGAGCAACGUACACAAACAACAGAUGAAUUUAAAGAGCUAGAGCAAGAAAUGCAGAUGAGACAUGAAGGCAUUGAAAAUAUUUAUAGUUCUAUUAAUCAAUGGGCUAAAUCUAUGUUGAAUCGUCGAGAAGAUAAAAAACAUACAUUGAUUGAUUUGUUUAGCCAGGCAUUAUUAAGCUUUGGAGAAAAAUUUUCACCAGAAUCGGUUUAUGGUCAAGGAUUGCUAAAAUAUGGUAUAGCACAUAAAGAAAUAUCAAAAGAGCAAGAAAGGCUUAUCAAUGGUAUUUCGAACAAUAUUUUGGAAUCAAUGGAACGUUCUUUGGUUCAAUUUAAGGAUUAUCAAACUGCGAGAAAAAAGCUUGAAAGCCGUCGAUUAUCAUAUGAUUCUGUUUCUAAUAGAUUUAUAAAAGCUAAAAAAGAAGAUCCUCGUAUAGAAGAGGAAUUAAGGGCAGCUAAAGCAAAAUACGAGGAAGCUUGUGAAAGUAUAUAUGGUCGAAUAUAUUCAAUUCAGCAAGCAGAGACUACACAGUUAAAUGAUUUAACUUUUCUUCUUGACUUAGAAUUUAGAUAUUAUGAACAAUGUUAUAUGAUUAUACAAAAUUUAAAAGAAUCGUGGGCAGAAAUUAAUAACGCAUAUGAAGCCAGCUCGAAAUAUGUUAAACACCAACAAAUUUCAGCUCAUGCUUUUAAUAAUGGUGGCGAAAACACUAUAAAUAGACUAUCACUACCUUUUCGAUCAGGAAUGAGUGCUUUAUCACUUGAAAGAAAAAUAUCAGAGAUAGAUUUAAAUAGUCCUAAACAAAUAUCUUCCUUUAGAGCAACACCUACAAGAAUUCCUCCAGAAUCUCCAAAUUCAAUUGAAGAUAAAAAUACGCAAGAUACUGCAUCAUUAAAAUUGGAGCAAUCCUUUAAAACAGACGAACAAGAUGCAUCUAUACUAUCAAACGGCAAUGCACCGGUAAUUCCUCCACGAACAUAUGAAAGAUUUGAUAGAAAAGAUAAUACGUCAUCUACAAAACAUUAUUCAACAUUAAAGAAUUCAAGCGUUAGAAAUUUUUAUACUACAUACAAAAAUGUUUCAGAGGAUAAUUCUCUCUCAUCUGAUGAAAACAAAAACAUUUAUUCAGAAAAUCACUUACCAGAAUUUCCGAAUACGUUUUCGAAUUCAGAUGAUCCCACGUUAAAAUCAUAUUCAGAUUCAAAAUCUACAUCAAAAAUCAAUACUUUAGAAUUCCCGAUUAUAAAGACUAGGAAACCUCCAAUUCCUUCGCAAUUUUUGCAAGAUAUUGAUUCAAGUAAAUUAAAUAAUACAUGCAAAAAUUGUAAUUGUGAUGACUAUCAAGAAAGUUUUUUUAAAAAAGGUCAAUGUAAUCAAUGCUUUCAUAUUCAUUAA